AUGCAAAUUGAGAACUAUCCAGAGCCAUCAAACGAAACGAAACCUAUUGUGAGUCGUGUAUCAAGCUUAUCAACACACCAGUUCCCAUGCCGGAACGCCCCAUUCGGCGCAGUACUGCAACGGCAUCGUGCUCAGUUUAUCGGUGCGUGCCUGCGGGAAAUGUUCUGCGGAAAACCAGCGCCUAGCAUGGCGAACAUCGUGCACAUUGUUUCCUGUUUGGUGAUCUUGCUUGCAGCGCCACGCUCGGUCGAUAUGCGCCUGUUCAGCAUCGACUACGACAACAACACCUUUGUGAUGGAUGGUAAACCGUUCCAGUACGUGGCCGGCUCGUUCCACUACUUCCGCGCACUGCCGGAAAGUUGGCCAUCCAUCUUGCGGUCGAUGCGCGCCGCCGGACUUAAUGCAAUUACGACGUAUGUCGAAUGGUCUUUGCACAAUCCCGAGGAUGGCGUCUACAACUGGCAAGGAAUGGCCGAUAUUGAGCAUUUUAUCGAGCUGGCCGAUAACGCCGGACUGUACGUUAUUCUGCGCCCGGGACCAUACAUUUGUGCCGAGCGGGAUAUGGGCGGAUUCCCAUCAUGGUUGCUGCACAAAUAUCCAAACAUACAGCUCCGCACGUACGAUAACACGUAUCUGCGGGAGGUACGGACCUGGUAUGCUCAGCUGCUGUCCCGUCUGCAAAGAUUCCUUAUCGGACAAGGUGGUCCGAUCAUGAUGGUGCAGGUUGAGAACGAGUAUGGAUCGUUCUAUGCGUGCGAUCACAAAUACCUGAACUGGUUGCGUGACGAGACGGAGCGGUACGUGAUGGGAAACGCGGUACUCUUCACCAACAACGGACCAGGGCUGGAGGGAUGCGGUGCAAUAGAGCAUGUGCUGAGCUCGCUUGAUUUCGGGCCGGGAACAGAGGACGAAAUUAAUGGCUAUUGGGACACGCUUAGAAAAACACAACCCAAAGGACCAUUGGUCAGCGCGGAAUACUAUCCGGGAUGGUUAACGCACUGGCAGGAACCACACAUGGCCCGCACCGAAACCAAACUGGUCGCCGACAGCUUGGACUUUAUGUUGCGCAACAAGGUCAAUGUGAACAUUUACAUGUUUUACGGCGGUACAAACUACGGCUACACGGCGGGGGCUAACAAACAGGGUGCUGGAGAAUAUGCGGCGGAUAUCACCUCGUACGACUACGACGCACCACUGGAUGAGUCCGGUGAUCCAACGCCCAAAUAUUUCGCGCUUCGUGACAUCAUCCUCAAGUACUUCCCGACGCCCGAUGUACCUGUUCCCGAACCGGCACUCAAAAUCCAGCUACCACCCUUGGCAAUGGUUCGGCUAGGAAGCCUACUUGAACCGGCACUGCUUGAUCGGCUCUCCGCACGAACCGUCACCAACCAUCUGCCCAUGUCGUUCGAAGCGCUAAACCAAAUCUCCGGCCUAGUGCUGUACGAGGCACUCAUACCGGACGACAUCAAGACGGACCCACGCAAACUCGUCGUGGAGGGUGUGCACGAUCGGGGCUACGUGUUCGUUGGGGACCGGUACGUUGGGGUACUGUCGCGCGAAAACCAAAUCAACGCGCUUCCGCUCGCCCUAGACGCGGGCCAAACGUUGCGCAUUGUGAUCGAAAACCAGGGACGCAUCAACUUUGGCACUGCCAACGACUCCAAAGGUAUCGUGGGCAAUGUGUACGUUAACACGCGGGAACUGUUCAACUGGACCAUGCACAGUCUGCCGCUGAAUGAUUUCAAACCGAUCGCGCAAGCAAUGCGCCACCACCGGAAGCAACGGGGUAGAGGUGAGGCGCCGAAGGUAACUCCAAUGUCCGUGUACUAUGCGGCAUUCGACGUGGCAGGGGAGCUGGCCGAUACGUACCUCGAUCCAACCGGAUGGGGCAAGGGGGUGAUUUUUAUCAACGGGUUCAACAUUGGACGCUACUGGCCGACGGUCGGUCCACAGGUAACACUGUACGUUUCGAAACAUUUGCUAAAACCCACCAACAAUUACCUCGCGAUUGUCGAAUACCAGAAGGAGCGUGACUCUGUGCCACCGGUCAAAUUUUCCAAAACGCCUUCGUUUAACUGA